AAGAAUAUUUGCUUUUCUUGCCAAGUCUUUAUGCCAAACUCAUAAAGCAAGCAAGGAAGCAAGAAGCAUGAUUUGGAACUAUAGUCUGAAGAAAAGCUUGAUGGAGCCAAAUUGACGCAUCAAACACAUUAUGGAGCCAAAUGCAGGCCAUGACGAAUUCUUUGAACGCAUCAACUUAGAAGGAAAGAACACCGGGGCAGCAUUUUUCAUACGGCCGGGCACCGGAGCUGAGACGCACUCUAGUGAUUGUUGCUGCAUCAACAUUUAUAUAAACAGCAAUGUUCAGGGAGCUAACAAUUCCUUUCUGGAUGGGAGUUGUGUGAAAAUGAAGGAUCCAGGAGUUCACUUGUUCUUUGGAGACGUGAAGUUGGGCAAGUCUUUAAGAAGAAACAAGAUGAAGAGAAAGAGAAGGAGAAAGAAAGAGGAAAGCCCAUCUGCUUCGAAGCAGCAGCUAGGGUCUUGUCCCAUUUUUUUAUUUGUAUUUUUCCCAUUCAUCUUGUUCCUUUCAUUGUUAUGUCCAUGAAAUUGGGAUUUGUAU